AUGGAAAAGGAGGAGGAUGAGGAUGAAGCUCGGCAAAGCAGCUUGUACAUGCUCAUCAGAAGCGGUGCCCCUGAGAGCCGGAACAUUGAAUCUGCCACAGCUUUUUGCCCCAAGGACACCAAUGCCCUUGAUGCACUGAUUGCUGCGGCCUCAUCCAGAGGCACAGCCACAAAAGCCGAGGCUGUCAAGGUGGAGCCUGUGAAAUCCGAAGUUGUCAAGACGGAGCCUGUGAAGGCAGAGGAGGAGGACGACGACGAUACGGAGGAGGAAGAAGAUCCUCUUAUGGGUGCUGCCCUCAAGGCAGCAAAAGUCAAGGAGGAGAUGGACUGA